AUGUCCGUCGUCUGGAUCUAUAGUAUUGGCAGGUGGUACUUCGACCGCGUAAUCUUGGUGCCACGAUUGUUUGGGUGGACUCUACUGAAUGUGUUCAUGCAAAGCCUAGGAGCUGGACUGCGCCGAUAUAGGCCCACAAUUGCACGAGCUGUACUCACAUGGUUCACACGACCUCUACUUCUUCUAUCUGGUAUACUGCUGAUUACGCUAGGCGUCUACAUCAAUCACUAUGUCUUCCACCAUACCGACCGCCCGCUCAUUCUCAGUCUGCUUAGUUUGAUCACAGUCGGCUUCUUUGUAGGCUGGUGCGUUGGCCUAGCUGUCGGUCUUCGACAGCCCGGAGCCAAGGCGCUAGCCACCGAAUUGGCGGUCUUCAAUGGCCUGUUGGCCACCCCAGCUCUACGAAACGCACUGCAUGCGCCUGAAGGUGACCUUGUCUCUAUGGUGCCUCUCUGGGCUACCCUCUUGACUCCGAUCCCUAUGGUCUAUCAUGCUGUAGCUCGAGUUGGUCUGGAGUGGCUGCAGGCCCAGAUUGAUAGGCUGCGAGGACAAACAGGCGUAAAGUCAGGAGUCGACCCUACCGUGGCCCAAAUAGGCAUCAAUGGCGAAAAUGGGAAUUCGCCAUUCCCUUCAACCGGUCUGGCGGUGGCAGCUGCGGCAGCCAUAGCGCUAGGACCGGCCGUGACAACUGAAUCCGGCGACAACCAUCGCCGAAAACGGCGAGACCAUUCGCGUGACGAGAGGACAUCUAGUCGCGAGGCAAGUCAGGCCGGUACAAGUCCUUCUGAAGGCCGUCCCAAAGAAUAUGACAUUCACCAUGAAAGCUUUCCAACAGAAAUGCAGCGACAGGAAAACGAGCCGAAUUCAACCAAUACCACGCAAUCAGCCUUAGCUAGAGGCCUGCCACCUUCAAUAUCCGGUCUGUUGUUGGAGGAGACAUGGCAAGCUGGGGAAAAGCCAAAGUCGAUGACAGAAAACCUUAAUCAGACGUGUAAAAACCAAAUAUUAAGCCGA